CUUUAGGGGAAGAUUGAAAGAACUUACAGUUAGAGAGGAGAGCUAGGUGGGAGUUUGAGAGUGAGAGGAAUGUCGACACCUCAAAAUCGAAAGUCAUGGAAAGCAGAGUACGCCAAGUCGGGGCGAUCGAGAUGCCGGACCUGCAAUACCGCAAUUGACAGCGAGAAACUCCGUUUCGGCAAGAUGAUUCAGUCCUCCAAAUACGAUGGCUUCAUAACUAUGUGGAGUCAUGCUGAUUGCAUAUUGAAGAAAUCCAACCAGAUAAAAUCGAUUGAUGACGUUGAAGCCAUAGAAUCGCUUCGUUGGGAAGAUCAGCAAAAGAUCAGACAAUACAUAGAGAGCAGUGAUAGCCCACCAAAGUCAACGGUCAUCAAGGAUACUGAGUGUUGUAUUGAAGUUUCACAUACUUCUCGUGCUGCUUGCAAGCAUUGUGGUAAAAAAAUCAUCAAGGGAGAGGUCCGAAUAUCCACUAAGCCUGAGGAUGAAGGUGCUAAGGGUUUGGCUUGGUUCCAUGUCAAGUGUCUCAUGGAAUUAUCACCAUCGAUUGAAGUGGAUAAGUUGUAUGGAUGGAAUAGUCUCUCAUCUUCUGUGCAAUCAGCAGUUAGUGACUUGGCUAAGAAGGGCCAUCCUAUGAAUAUGGAAGAUGGAUCUACUUCCAGAGUUGGAUCAAAACGGCGAAAGAACGCUAAUAAUGAGCAGGAGUCAAGAAAAGUUGUUAAGGCCAAUGGAGAUGCGCAUGUGCCUGCAAGAAGAUCAACACCAAUGAAAAAUGUUGAUGAGGUGUUAGGGGAAGCAUGUGAUCUGGAGACUAAACUGGAGGCCCAGAGUAAGGAACUCUGGGCGCUGAAGGAUGAUUUUAAGAACCAUGUGACAAAAACAGAGUUGCGUGAAAUGCUGGAAGCCAAUGGUCAAGAUUCAACAGGAUCGGAACUUGAUUUGCGUGACAGCUGUGCUGAUGGAAUGAUGUUUGGAGCACUUGGUCAUUGUCCACUAUGUUCUGGCUCUCUACGUUACUCAGGAGGAACGUACCAGUGCAUUGGAUUCAUUUCUGAUUGGAGUAAAUGUCCCUACUCUACCAGCGAACCAAAACGGGCUGAAGAGAAGUGGAAAAUCCCAGUGAAAACAAAUAGUCAAUACCUUAAAAAGUGGUUCAAAUCUCAAAAGAGGAAGAAACCAAUUAGGGUAUUGCAUCUUCCAUCAUCAAGCUGUGAGAGUUUGAAGGAUUUGAAAGUUGCUAUCGCUGGAUUAUCUAAAGAGUCUAUUGAGGAGUGGAAACGCAAAAUUGUUGACAAUGGUGGGAUUUGUUGUGAAAAAGUGAAGAAAGAUACUAGCUGCCUGGUGGUGAGGGAAGCACACAAUGAUGAAGCUGAGAUGCGGAAGGCAAGGAAGAUGAAAAUACCAAUAGUAAGAGAGGACUAUCUGGUUGACUGUAUAAAAAGAAAUAAGAAGCUUUCAUUUCAAAUGUACAAAGUUAAAAUGAUUGGUGAGGCUUCUAGCAUGGCUACGGUCAGGCACAGUGCUGUUCACGAGGCUUCUGGCCUACAGGAUUCCGGACACAUACUCGAGGAAGGAGAAAGCGUAUAUAAUACAACUAUGAGUAUGUCUGAUUUGUGUACUCGUGCGAACAGCUACUACAUUCUCCAAAUAAUCCAAGAAGAUAAGGGGUCAGGUUGCUAUUUGUUUCGUAAAUGGGGUCGUGUGGGAAAUGACAAGAUUGGAUAUAUGAUGCUGGAUGAAAUGCCAAAACCAGAUGCAAUCCGUAAAUUCAAACAAUUAUUCUUCGAGCACACUGGAAACCAUUGGGAACAAAAGACUAUUCAGAAGCAACCUGGAAGAUACUUUCCAUUGGAUAUUGAUUAUGGAGUUAACAGAAAUGUCUCCAAAAUAAAUAAAAACGAUGCAGACAGUAAACUACCCCGCCCAUUAACAGAAUUGUUGAAGAUGCUCUUCAAUGUGGAAAUAUACAGAGCUGCCAUGAUCGAAUUUGAGAUUGAUUUGUCUAAAAUGCCACUUGGGAAACUGAGCAAAAGUAACAUCCAAAAAGGGUUUGAAGCAUUAACGGAUAUACAGAAUCUGUUACAAACUAGCAAUCCUGAUCCAUCAGUCAAGGAAAGCUUGCUUAUGGAUGCCAGCAAUCGGUUUUUCACUGUGAUCCCUUCUAUUCAACCAUAUAUUAUAACGGAUGAGGAUGAUUUAAAGUUAAAGGUGAAAAUGUUAGCAGCCCUUCAAGACAUUGAAAUAGCCUCAAGAUUAGUUGGAUUUGAGGACUCCAUUGAUGAUAAUUACAAGAAGCUCCAAUGUGAUAUAUCUCCACUAGCUCAUGACAGUGAAGAUUUUCGUUUAGCUGAGAAGUUUCUCCACACUACUCAAUCCCCCACACAUCCGGAUUGGAGUCUUGAGCUAGAAGAAGUUUUUUCUCUUGAAAGGGAAGGUGAAUUUGAUAAGUUUGCUCCUUACAGGGAUAAACUUGGUAACAGAAUGCUCCUAUGGCAUGGUUCUAGGUUGACAAACUUUGUGGGAAUUCUCAGAGAAGGACUGAGAAUUGCACCUCCUGAAGCCCCUUCGAAUGGAUAUAAUUAUGGCAAAGGGGUUUACUUUGCUGACCUGGUCAACAUGAGUGCUCAAUAUUGCAACACGGAUAAGAAAAACCCUAUUGGUCUAAUGCUUUUGAGUGAAGUUGCCCUUGGAGAUAUCUAUGAAGUCAUCAAAGAAAAAGAGUAUAUGGACAUAGCUCCAGAAGGAAAGCACUCUACUAAAGCACUGGGCCAGGAAAUGCCUCUGGAAUCAGAACAUGUAAAGUGGAGGGGUGAUGUCACCGUUCCUUGUGGCAAACCAGUGUCAUCAAAUGUCGAGGGAUCUGAACCCAAGUGCAAUGAGUAUAUUGUCUAUGAUACUGCUCAAGUCAAGAUGCAAUUCUUAUUGAAGGUGAGGUUCCAUCACAAAAAAUGAGGGUUGGAAACUAGAGGUUUCCUGUUUUAGAGCUUGUGAUCUGUUUGUGUAUAUCACUGUUUUAAUGUCAAAUUAACUUCGUAGUGUCGUGAUCCUCCCUCUUUAGAACACGAUGCAUCAUAAUAAUAAGUGUUUUUACCUUCUAAAAACACAAAUGCGGGAGGUUCUUUAUCUUACCCUGCCUUAUUAGUUUAUCUUAUAAUAAGUAUGCAUAAAUAUAAGAGAGGAGCUGCUUUCUCCUUUGAGUGAAGGGAUGGGUAUUGGGUACCUUUCUGGUUUGCAUAUUUGUAACCCAUUGAUCAAUACUGUAGCUGUGAAAAUAUAUGCAAAAUAAAAUUUGCAGGAAACUUUUCAAUAA